AUGGUGGCUCCGGAGGCGGCGGUAGAAUCUUCUGGUAGUUCCGACGCGGCGGCUUCAGGUGUCUCCGUCUAUGGCAUCCGACUACGUCCAACUUUCGCUGCUGCUCGUUCGUUGCAUUUCACAACCGCUGCUCAAGCAUAUAUCAGAUGCUCCACCUUGACAAAUGAUUUAACUUUCUCACACUUGGUAGCAAAUUUCUUGGAGAACUCUACAUACUAA